CAUCCGCCUCCAGCAGUCAGUCCGAGAAACCUGAGAGCGCACCAAAGUAACAAACACAAACAUGGCGCCUACUUGCUCCCAUACAGGCUAGCGUUGUACUGAAACAAAGUUCCAAGGAUUAAACAACGCGCUCAAACUGGGUGGAGGUUUUAUUCUCGCUCGAGACGGAGUGGACGGGCUGAAAGUUGCAGCUUGCCUACAUGUCAACGUGUUUUCCUACAGAGCUCUGAACGGCUGGUCUGCCCAGCCAUGAUUGAGGAUAAGGGUCACCGCGUGACGGACUACUUCGUUGUAGCUGGCCUCACAGACAAGUCUACUCCACUAGAGCAGGAUCUAUCUGAAACCAAGUCCAGUGGACCCAAGGCACCUAUCACAGACCUGGCUGUCAUCAACAAGUCUGCAGGAGAAACUGUGCCUGAAGGUUUCACAUGCAUUGAGAGCACCUACAGCGGCCAGCCGGCCAAUCUUAACCAUGGCAGUCUCAAGAGCCCAGAACUCUUCUUGUGUUACAAGAGGGGUCAUGGAAAGCCCCCACUCAUUGAUGUUGGGGUCCUGUAUGAGGGAAAAGAGCGUGUCAUUCAGGGUUGUGAAGUCAUUGAGGCCACACCGUUUGGCCGCUGUGCAAAUGUUAACAACAGCUCUGCGACAUCUCAGCGCAUAUUCAUCACAUACCGCCGAGCUCACCCUGUCCAGCCCCAGAACUCACUGGCUGUGACUGACAUCUGCAUCAUCAUCACAAACAAGGGCGAGACUCCUCCUCAUACUUUCUGCAAGGUGAACAAGAACCUCAACUGUGGCAUGUGGGGAUCGAGUGUGUUUUUGUGCUACAAGAAGUCAGUUUCUGCCUCCAACUCCAUCCCUUAUAAGGCUGGUCUGAUCUUUCGUUAUCCUGAGGAGGACUAUGAGUCAUUUCCCCUCUCUGAGUCUGUACCCCUCUUUUGCCUGCCUAUGGGGGCCAAUAUUGAGUGCUGGGCUCCUAGCACACGCUACCCUUUACCCAUCUUCUCCACAUUUGUCCUCACCAACUCUAAUGGGGAAAAGGUGUAUGGUGCAGGAAUACAGUUUUAUGAGCCGUAUCCUGUGGACAGCCUCACUGAGAAACAGAAGAUCCAGCUGGGUCUGGUCUCCACUGUGGAAAAAAAGGUCAUACCCAACCGUACUGUCAACACCAACAAGUGCAUCUGCCUACUGUCCCGCUGGCCUUUCUUUGAGUCCUUCAAGAAAUUCCUCAUGUUCCUUUACAAGCUGUCAGCCAAUGGAGUCAACCCUCUGCCCAUUGAGAAACACAUAUCCCACUUUAUGCACAAUGUCUCUUUCCCUUCACCCCAGAGGCCAAGAAUACUGGUCCAGCUGUCAGCACAUGACACCUUAAUCCUGUCCCAACCUGUUUGCACACCUUUACCAUUAAGUGGAGCAGACUACGGUACACUGCUCAUGAAUCUGGGACCAGAAAACUGUGCUACACUGCUACACUUUGUCCUGCUGGAAAGUAAGAUCCUGUUGCACUCUCUGAGACCAGCUGUACUGACUGGAGUGGCUGAGGCCGUUGUGGCGAUGAUCUUCCCAUUCCAGUGGCAGUGUCCGUAUAUCCCUCUUUGCCCUCUGUCUCUGGCGGGGGUCCUCAACGCACCAUGUCCCUUCAUUGUGGGUGUUGACUCUAGAUACUUUGACCUCUACGAUCCCCCACCCGACGUGGUCUGUGUGGACUUGGAUACCAACACUAUAUACUUGUUUGAUGAAAAAAAACACAGUAACUGGAAGAAUCUCCCAAAGAAGCCCUGCAAAAGUCUUAUCAACUCUCUAGGAAACCUGCACCUGCAGCUUGCCACUGUUCGGCGUGAAGCACUUGAAGGCUUGGCAGUGGAGAUGACCCCUAUUGAGGCAGACUUCACCUGGCAUAAAAAAAAGACAGAGUUAGAGAUGGAGAUCCAAGAGGUGUUCCUGCGCUUUAUGGCCUCCAUACUGAAGGGCUACCGAACCUACCUCAAACCCAUCACACAGGCACCUUCUGAUAAAGCUACUGCUGCAGACUCACUCUAUGACCUGCAAGGAUUCUUGAAAAGCAGAGAUCGUGCUCAUCAGAAGUUCUACUCUCAGCUCACUAAGACUCAGAUCUUCAUCCGCUUCAUCGAGGAAUGUACUUUUGUCAGCGACAAAGACACCGGCCUGGCUUUUUUCGAUGACUGCAUUGGAAAACUUUUUCCUUCCGACAAAGGACCGGACAAGGGUACAAAGGUCGAAGGUGAGUCGUCUGAGGACACCAGGCUGAUGGAACUGGAUGAGUCACAGAAGAGUGAGCACACAGUCUUCGUCAUGCCUCCUGAACCCCCUCUGGACGAUGGUCCUGACCCCCCUCCCAAAUACAGUUAUCAGAAUUUCCCUUGUUUACGGUUGGAGUUGUUUGAUCGUCCGCGAGAGCUGAGGCCAGCGCUUAGUACAAGAACCGCAGGAGCCAGUGUGUCCAGCAGCCCUGCCCUGCUGGCCAAAAGAACCAAACAGGAAAUCAAAUUGGCCUACAAGUUGGCAAAGCGUUUCUAUUCCAAUCCACCCCAGUGGGCAAAGUGUCUGUUUAGUCACUGCUACAGUCUGUGGUUCAUCUGUCUUCCUGCCAGCAUGCGUACAGCCCAGUCCAAACCCCGCGCCAUGCAGCAGGCCUUCAAUGUUCUGCUCAAGAUGAGGAGCUCUGAGGUGGAGGUGCUCGAUGAGGUGUGUUACCGUGUGGUGAUGCAGUUGUGUGGUCUGUGGGGGAUGCCUGUCAUGGCUGUGCGUGUCUUAAUGGAGAUGAAAAAGGCUGGAGUUGAACCCAAUGCUAUUACCUAUGGAUACUACAACAAGGCUGUCCUGGAAAGUCAUUGGCCAAGCCGUAACCGUAGCGGACUCUUCAUGUGGACCAAAAUGCGGAACCUGGUCCGAGGAGUGGUGCAGUUUAAACAUGCAUUGCGUGGGACAGCUCUUCAUAGAGGUCCUUCUCUGAUAACCACAGAGCUUUCAGCAGGUACAGCAGCAGGUGCUAAUGGAGACAGACUGAGUCAUGGCAGUGUAGACAGCUCAAAUGAACCUAUUGUAGAGGAACACAUUCUCUUCUCCCACGGCCUUAUAGUUGAGGGCGCUAGUAACAGUCAAUAUAGUACAGCUGGUCAGUCUGAUCAGGGUUAUGGAUCUAAGGAUGAGCUGCCUCAGGACCUUGUAGAUGGACCUAUAACCUCUGCUCCUCUGUCUACUAGCCACACCAGCAAUAGCAAAGCAACAAACUCACAAAUUGGGGAUGAUAUUGCUAGUUCUGUGGACAGUGUUGUAGCUGUGACGGAGCCCCCUAGCCCUGCUGAGAUGGCACCUUGUGUAGCCAGCAUUGUUAAACUGUCCACUGAGAUCCCUGUCCACUUUGACAGCACUGCAGGCAGGGGAGAAACUGCAGGUGUUUGUACAGGUAAGCUCUUCAUGCCCCGUAAAAAGAGUGAAGAUGUCACCCUGCCUGUGGAGGAUGAUUCUGCAAUCCCAGAUUCGCAGGUCUCUCAUUCUGGACAGCAGCAGAGGGUGAAAGCCUUUAUGGAGCGCAGCUGCAGUUUCAGUGCAGAGAGCAAAGCCGGCAUGCUACAAAAGAAGGGCAGUCUGGAGCUCAGCGCUGAUCACAUGGGCGCAGAUGCAAAAAUCCUCGCAGCCGUGUUCUCUGGCAGUCUGACCCCUCCUCCUUUUGGAACCAUCGCUCCUUUUAAAGAGUUUAAGAUGGAGGCUACACUGAGCCCUGCCCUCCAGGAAGAGGAACAUGAAGAUAAGCCGGAGAAGGAGCAUAAAGCAUUCGGUAUAGAAGAAAAGAAAGUGGAGAAAAGUAGAGAGCUGGAAGAUUCAGUAGACACAGCAACACCCCAGGGUAGUGAAGGACUUGGGCGAACCAUUAGCACUGGUUCCUCCUCUUCUAAAGCUGUGGAGAGGGAGGAUGUUGAGGUGGGGGCAGAUCCUCUGUCGCUCUUUGCCUCCGAAACUGAGGAUGUAACCUCCAUCCAGAGCCAGGAGUCCACACAACCCUUUCCACUUUUGGUGUCAAGGAAUCUGGCUGAUGAAAUUGAAAUGUACAUGAGUGGUAAACCUCUUAGUGGUAGAUCUCCCAGCAUGGAGUUGCAGCAGGGAUCAAAUCAAGAAUCAAUGAUGAACUGUCCAGACUCUCCUGCAGUUAAGCAGUCUUUAGAAAGAAGAUCGAGCCUUCCGAUCGGUCAGGUCAAAGUGCCUAGUUCAACUGAAACACCAAAACGUAGCCCUGCCGUCACACGCUCGAAGACAUUCGCAUUCAAGUCCCCGAAGACCCCAGGCUCUGCAGGUCAAAGGUCAUCAUCGCUGACCGCUCUUGUAAAGUCAUCACAGAGCAGCUCACUGGGAUCAGUUAUCAACUCCAUAUCAGGCAUCAAGAUGGACUCUCUCCUGGUAGGGCCGAAAGUAGAUAUGCUUAAGUCAGGCAUGAAGCAGGCGGCCAACGUGGCCAGCAAGAUGUGGGAUGCAGUGGCCUCAGCUUACUCCUACUCUGAUGAUGAGGAGGAUAACUCCCAUCCCCGAGACAGUUUCCCGGCUAGGUUAGAAGAACAGUUGCUGUCUGCAGAGGGAGCAACAGAGAACACUUUACCCAGAGGCCUGAUGCCCAGUCUGGCCUCAAAUGGGCUCACGCACAGCAAUACCAGCCUGGGCAGCAGCAGUGAUAGCAGUGAUACCGGCCGUGCAAAGCUGUCGACACCUUUGACUCCAGGUCGCUCAAUGAGAGGUGCAGACUCGGAGAGGUCUGAACAUAGUUCGUCUCAUCAUGCCAGCACCUCCAGCAUUUACCAAAAUUGUGCUUUAGAGGUUCUAAUGUCCAGCUGCUCUCAGUGUCGGUCUUGUGAGGCUCUGGUGUAUGAUGAGGAGAUCAUGGUGGGCUGGACGGCUGACGACUCCAAUCUCAACUGCACUUGCCCUUUCUGUCAAAUCUCUUUUCUUCCUCUGCUCCAUAUUGAGUUCCAUGACUUGCGUGCAACACCAGGCUUCUACUUGACGAGCACAUCAGGAGACAGUAUCCACAGCUCCAGCACGCAACCGGCCACCUCUAGCUCCUCUGAAGUGAAGGGUUGUCUUAGUGAGCCUUCAGACCUCGUGAGCUUCCCUGAAUCUCCGGAGGACAGCAAAGGUCCUGACGAGAUGCCUGGCGGUCAAAGUGGAACCCCAAAGAUCUUUGUACCAGAACCGGUACAUUCAGACCCCCUGGGUCUCAUAGAGAGACAAGCUGAGAAACGCAACACUUUAACCCGGAGCAACAGUGUGGGAGGCCCACUGCAGAGUCUGGACGUGAUCCAAAAACCCAAUCAUGGCAUAUCGACCACAAGCCUGCCCAACAGCCUACAAGAGGUGGCGGACACUUUUGGUCAAAAGUGGCCCAACCCAAAACCGGUGUCUGUGCCUUAUCUCAGUCCACUGGUCCUGCGCAAAGAGUUGGAGUCGCUGUUAGAGAAUGAGGGGGAUCAGGUAAUCUAUACCCAUAAGUUCCUCAGUCAGCACCCCAUUAUCUUCUGGAACCUGGUAUGGUAUUUCCGCCGUUUAGACUUGCCCAGCAUUCUGCCUGGACUCAUCCUCACCUCUGAACACUGCAACAAUGGAGUACAGCUGCCGCAGACAUCUCUGUCUCAGGACAGUAAGCAGGUGUAUGUGCAGCUGCUGUGGGACAAUGUCAACUUACAUCAGGAACCCACCGAGCCCCUCUAUCAGCUCUGGAGGACCUUCUUGCAAAGAAAGGGAACUCUAAGCCCCACUGACCACCAGGAGACUCGAACUCUACUGAACAGCAUUGUUCGCAGCAUUCAGACGAACGAUGUGUACGGCCCCAUCAACAUGCUCCUUAGGGAGAUCAAGAAACACCCAGAAGUUAAACGCCAGAGGAGUAUCUAUAGGGAAAUCUUGUUUCUGUCACUUGUUGCCUUAGGAAAGGAGAACAUUGAUGUUGAAGCCUUCAAUCGUGAAUACCGUCUUGCAUACAAUGAGCUCAGCCCAGAACAGCUUAAAGUCCUAUCCCCCAUUGACAGACCACCUAGCAACGGUGUGCAGUGGUGCCUCAAGUGCUUCGGAGCCCCGUUCAUCUGAUCUGCUCCUCCAACCCACGGUGACUGUAAAAGCCCUAAGUCAGGGACAGGAUUGUACAGUAAUUUCCUUCAUUUGCACCAUCACCUGAAGUGGUACUUUUUCAUCAUCUACCAGAAUAAAAACAAAUUUGGCUUCUUUGCUUUGAAAUUCCUGAUAGUGGCGUGGCACUAGCCGCACAGCGAGAAGACACUGCAUUUUACUGUCGAUCUUCAGAUGUUGAACUGCCUUGUGUGUGAGCCCUUUUCAAAACGCAGUGGAAGUAAAUGAAAGACUGAACAAUUUUCUUACUGCAAGAUGUCUCUCUACACUGCCUUUGACUCUAGCUUCUCUCUUCAGCCGACCUGUGGAAGGAUUCUGAGGAUAUGGGGAGAGCAUUCUGGAGAGGUGUCAGGGACAAUGGUCUUAUUUGAUGUGCACUUUCAGAGAUAGUUGCUUUAUCGUUCUCUUUUGUCGCCAUGUGUACUUUUUAUAUAUAUAUAUGUAUUUCUAUAUUGGGAUAUUUGAACUCUCUUGCCUUUCUCAAAGUGAGUGAUCUUUGGUUAGAUUUCUGUGGAGUCUUAAACACAGAGCCCUUUGACGUUAAUGUAGACUUUCAGUGUUCAAGGUGAGAGGUUUUUUUGUGUGCGUGAGAGUGUGUAUGUGCAUGUUCAUUAGAUAGACCACUCCUUAAAGUGGUGUAAUGUGAAAGAGGACAAUCAGAUGAAUUCCAUAACAUUCCAGAAAGCAUCUCUAAUGUCUUAAACAGAGGCUAGAAUCAAUAUGAAUGAUGGAAAAGUUAUAAACUUGAUUUAUUUCGUAGAAAUACGUACUUUAGACAUAAAUGUAGGAUAAUGAUCGAUUGUGGAAAAUACCGUGAAAUACAUCUGGAAUGGAGGAGAUGAUUUAUGAAGUAACUCUUUAUUAAUGCAUUUACACACACAUACACAUGGUUUGUUUAAUACACAUGCUUUGAUUAAAAGACAUAUAUUUCCAUCAUCUGUAUUAAGAAAUUAAGACUCUUUAACACAGAAUAGAAAAUGUCCAUAGCAAACAACAAGAAUAAAUAUCAAAAUAUUUUUUAAACUUUCUUUUUUUAAUCUGCUAGAUGACUUUAGUUAUGGCAAAUGAGUGUACAUUUAAUUUUAUUGAAACUCUUUUUUUUCUGGUCCCAAUGUACAAGCGAAUCCAAAGGAUGUAAAAAUCAUCAAGUCACUGCCAUUAACAAAUUAUUCAGUGAAAUUGAAAUAGUUAUUGUGCCUUGUUGUCAAGUCAAAGUAGGACUUGUAGAUUUGUACAAAUUUAAGAUUAAUUUACUACUAAUAAAUUAACAUGAGCAAAUGG